AUGUCCUCGCCGCCCCCUUCCAACACAUUCUCACAGGAAGACGUCCAGUCCCAUGUGGACCAGACCGUACACCAGCUGAAGGAUACUUGGGGUUUUACCUCUCGUGCUCAUCGUCUUGCAUUCCUGGCCCAGGAUACGUCCUUAUCCAAAUUGCCGGAAGACACCCCUGAUGAAGAAUACGAAGAGGCUGAAAGAAGCGAGCUCAUCAAGCGAGCAUUCUUCAAGGGAACAGAAAAACGUAUCGGAGACAGGAUCAGGUACACUGCCGAAGAGCCAGUCACGCAAGACAGCUUGGGAAAUAGCAGGACUCCAAUGCAGAUCGAAACAUCAUCUGUAUUUGCUGAAGGACAAGAGAACCCCCAGAAGUGGCUGGUUGACUUUACGGCUUCCGUAAUCGAACAAGGUCAACAGAACGUCGUUUCGAAUGCAUUGCUGGGGUUGAACGAUCCACUUUCGCCGGCCCAUGUAAUGAACGCGAUCGUGGGAGACAAGCUAAACAAUAUACUUUUGCAAGACUAUGGGAGUGCACUUGUGGAGUUUGAGGACUCUUGCAAAGACAUGUCGAUAGAGGACCUGGAGAAGCAGCUCGAUAGAAUGUCCGGUUUCCCCACUCCAAAACAGGAUCGAUCAACUUGGCAGAAGCUGGCUGUGUGGUCUGAGAAUGCCGAGUUGGUCGGCCAUCUCUCAGGCGAGGUCAUAGGGGAAUAUUCUGUAACGGGCGAAUCUCUCAACUCGACAUCUUUGGAAGUUGCCAAGGAGGGGUUGCGAAAGCAACUGGAAGCAAAGGAAAGCUUAUUCCAGGGAAUAUAUGGGGAAGCGGCUCCAGAGGAUCUGAAUGAUACCGAUAGCCUUCCGGAGGGGGCACACGCGAUGAACGAAUACUUACUCGACGCUCCAAGCAUGAAGGCAUAUAUGGAGUUCCAGCCGCUGUCCCAGACCAUCGAAGGCCUCAGCAGCAUCUUUAUGUCGAAUGACCGGUCGCAUCACCCCGUAGCACAAGAUAUACUAUCCGCCCUCCGCAACAAUACCAGAAAAUAUCCCUACAAGAGCUCAGGAAUCUUGUCCAAGAUCGAUGAUGCCAGAUUAUCCCUCUUCAAAGGGGUUGAUCAGCUCACCGCUGCCAUAUCCAACAAUCCCGACAUGCAGUUCUUUCGACAAAAUGGAAUGGCUCCUGAUGAGAGGACCGUUGAUUGGAGUCAACUGACUAUCCGACUCGUGGAGGAAGAUUCUGUCGAUGCGCCUUCCAAGCUUGAGGAGCUUCGGCCAAGGCGCAUGGAGGAUCUGACCAGCGGGCUUGAUGGAGAGGACGAGAAGGGGACUGCAGACGACGAGAAGUCGGAACUGCCAUCAGCGCACGAAAUGAGCUAUCUGACGUAUUAG